AUGUCUCAGUCAAGCUUUCUCCCCCCACUCGACGGCAGCAUCUCCGUCGUGCCAGGCUGCCUCGACUUCCAAGUCGAGCAUAACCCGGAUCAUCCGUGCUUCAUCUUUCCAGAUCCUGAAUGUGCCUCUGUCUCCUUCAAGGACUUCGCCCAUGCCACACACCGUGUUGCACAUAUUCUUCGCCCGAAUCACGCUGGUCCCGACCGCGCAGUCGUCGCACUGAUCAUACACUGUGACACACUUCUGUACGAAGCUGUGAUGGUCGGUCUCAUCCGCGCGAGCCUCGUCCCGUUCCCCAUGUCGCCCCGUAACUCCGCUGCAGCGAUUGUUAAGAUGCUGAAAGGGACAGAUUGUCAUCGCAUCGUGCACCAUGCGCCCUUCAUUUCCCUCACUGAUGCUGUGCGUGCGGCUCUCCCGGAAACGUAUAAUCUACAAUUCGACGUUCUUCCUAAUCUAUCGGACAUCUUCCCCUCGUUCGCGUCUCCCUCGGCUGGACUCUUCUCCUCUCCUGAGCCCUACUCCACGUGCACAGAUACUCCUAUCUCCAGGCCGCAUGAGCCUGUUCUCUACCUCCAUUCCUCCGGAUCGACUGGCUUCCCGAAGCCCAUCCCGCAGUCGCAGCUUUCCGUUCUUCAUUGGGCUUCUGCACCUUACUCGGUUGAGACGCGUGCACGUGGCCUGCGUUGGGCAUCACCCGCCCUUCCCCCUUUCCAUACCAUGGGCGUCUGCAUGCAGCUCUAUGCACCACUUGCGUCGGGCCAGCCUGUCGCACUUUACACCCCACGCUCCCAUCUGAAUUUGCCACCUCCAGUUCCUACUACACAGAACGUACUGGACGUUGUCCGGCGCACAAAGUCGUCCAGUAUCGUUCCCGUUCCUUCUUUUCUCGAGGAAUGGGCACAGAAUGAGGAAGAUGUAAAGUUGCUUGCAUCCCUAGAGGUCGUGUGCUUCGCAGGAGGUCCCCUCUCCAAUCAUAACGGCGACAAGCUCAUUGCCGCUGGUGUGAAACUUUUCGCUGCCUAUGGUGGUACGGAGUUUGGUCCCACCACUCGAUUUUUGGACACCAUUGAAGAUUCACCUAAUCACCCCGACACCGUCAAGACCGGAAAGACUCGAAACGAAUGGUCCUGGAUGGCCUUUCCAAGUGAGUACAAUCUCCGCUGGGUACCGCAAGGUGACGGAAGCUACGAGUUAAUUUUUAUGACAUGCGCUACUCAUCAGCCCAGCAUCGAGAACAUGUCUGGUGGAGAGCGGGGUUAUGCUACGGGUGAUAUUUGGGAGCCGCAUCCGACGAAGCCUGGACUAUGGCGCAUUACUGGACGGGCCGAUGAUUUGAUCGUCCUCGGCAAUGGCGAGAAGUUUGUACCCGUUGCACAAGAGGGCCACAUCAUGGCGCACCCUAAGGUUAUGGGCGCAAUGAUAUUUGGUCGUGGACGCACGCAGGCCGGCAUCAUUGUCGAACCACGUGGCUUUGCCGUAUCUCCUGGAGAUGAGGACGCUUUGUCGAAGUUCAGAAAUGUGGUUUGGUCGCAGGUUGAAGAAGCUAACCACGCCGCUCCCCCUUUCGCAAAGAUCUUCAAGGAGACUAUCAUAUUCACGGAUCCAGAUCGUCCCUUCCCUCGUGCUGCAAAGGGCACUGUUCAGCGCAAGCAGGCCCUGACACUCUAUGAGGCGGAGAUUGAACAACUGUACAAAACUAUCGAGGAUAGCUCAGAUGCUCACGGUAUUGUCCCUCCAUCUCACUGGACUGUACCUGUUGUGCAGGCGUGGAUGGUUGAGCACGUCAGUCAGCUCAGCGGAGGGAUUGCACCUACGCCUACUACCGACCUCUUCGAACACGGCUUUGACAGUCUGAGCGCUACGUUCCUGAGAAAUCGCAUCAUUGGUGCUCUACGCUCAUCUCACGAGCCUGCAGCCAAUGCGGCUGCUCUGCACGUGCACUCCAACUUCGUCUUCAAUCACCCAUCGCUUGUCGAGCUUUCCGCCGCCGUUGUCGCUCUUGUGCACCCCUCUCAUGACAACGCGUCCACCUCCACUGCCGACGAGUCCGCAGCGGAUAUCGAGGCAUUGAUAGCGAAAUACACAGCUGUCCUGCCUGAACCCACCCCCGCUGGAGCCAAGCGAGAGAGAGGUAAGGUCGUACUGAUAACAGGGACGACUGGUGCUCUUGGUGCACACAUCCUUGCGUUAGUCCUAGCAAACCCUGCUCUGCAGCAUGUCUAUGCACUCAAUCGUGGUAUUGGAGUCGCUGAGCGACAGCGUGCAGCUUUCGAGGCGGCUCUACUACCCGUCAAGCUUCUUUCAGAUAGUAAGCUUACGCUCCUGGAAGGGAACAUUAUGCGGGAAGAUCUUGGACUUGAGUCAGCUAUGCUCGACGAGGUUCGCUCGUCCGUGACGGACAUCGUGCACAAUGCGUGGCGAGUCGACUUCAAUCUAUCGCUCUCGUCCUUCCAGGGUCAUAUCGCCGCGUCUGUGCGCCUCGCGACUUUUGUGCCCGGCGCCCGUUUCUUCUUCACAUCCUCGAUCACUGUCGCGCAGUCGUGGAAAGCAUUGAAAAGCAGCCGUGUCCCAGAGGAACCUCUAGGUGAUCCUGCGGUGGCGGUAGGUAUAGGCUACGGAAGUUCCAAGUUUGUGGUCGAAGAGGUCCUGGAGAAUGCGCGCAAGGUCGGGUUUCCAACAACCUCCCUCCGGAUUGGCCAGAUCUGCGGGUCCGCGGACACUGGCGCGUGGAACACAUCUGAGUGGGUGCCGAGUCUUGUCAAGUCGAGCAUUUCGCUCGGGUGCCUUCCUCGGAUGCCGGGGGUGGUGGACUGGAUUCCCAUGGAUUCAGUUGCUCAAGCUACAGUGGAUGUAGUACUUAGCGUCUCUGCGCCGGCAGUUGUGAACCUCGUGCACCCUCGUCCGGUGGAGGCAUCCUCGGUGUUUGAUAACCUCAACGAAGAGCUCGGGCUGCAAUUGCCCUUCGUCCCUCUCUCGGACUGGGUGCAGAAACUAGAGAACGCCGCCCAGAACGCAUCGGCGAAGGAUCUGGAGAUAAUGCCCGCUAUCAAACUGCUCGAGUUCUUCCGUAGUCUGGCGGCGGGGCAGGCAUCCAAGGCUAGCAGCCUGGGCGCCGAUGACCCUGUCUUCGAUACCUCGAAGGCGCAGAGCGCGAGUGCAACAAUGGCUAGGCUUGGUGCGCUGGGAAAGGCUGAGGUCCAUGCAUGGGUGAAGUUCUGGAAGGGCCAGAACUUCCUCACUUGA